CAAUGGCGCUAGCCCAUCACGUCCAUCACCGUUGGGCUCUCGCGGCAAUCUGAAUGCCGUACAACAUGACUUUAUUGCAGCCGGAAGGUUAACUAGCGAACCAUUCUCCACGUGUUGGUAGCUGCUAUCUUCGGCAGGACGGCUGGAUGAUACCAUGUAGGUGGGUCUGCACGUCAACGGCAUUGCACCCUAGCAUUCCGAUAUCGAAGCUUUCCGAGAUGGUAAGUACCCAAAUUUUGCUUGUAGAGGCUUGAUGAUCUCUUGUUAUUCCUUCAACUUCUUGUCCUGCAGAUACAUAACGCCACUGCUUGCGUUCCAUCAGUCGAGAUGGCUGUGCAGCUACUUACCCAAGCCGAAGGCUACGGCAUCAUCGUCGGCCUCUCCGUUCUGUUCUGCUUGAUCAUCGUUGCUGCAGUUCAGAUACAGAAACGGUACCUCUCAGAAGAUAGCGAUGAAUCCGAGAUGUUCAUGGUUGCAAAUCGAUCUGUGGGAACUGGAUUGACGGCAUCCGCUGUGUUCUCGAGCUGGAUGUGGAUCAACGAAAGCGUAUUUGCGGCAGCAUAUACCUACAAAUGGGGUAUUGCACUCCCCAUCUGGUGGGCCAGUGGUCUAUCCUUCCAGAUCGCGCUGAUGGCUGUACUCGGCAUCGUCGCAAAGCUGAGGGUUCCAUACGCACAUACAUCGCUAGAGAUCAUGAAGAUCAGGUAUGGCAAGUAUGUGCAUUGGCUGUUCAUCUUGCUCAACCUCAUCAACAACAUCUUCGGCUGUGGCAGCAUGAUCUUGGCUGGAGCGCAGCUGGUCACGGGGAUGACUGGGAUGCACGUUAUUGCUGCUUGCGUCUUGAUUCCUGCUGGAGUCGUGAUCUAUACCGUCAUGGGUGGCUUGAAAGCUACUUUCCUCACGGACUUCCUCCACACACUCGUGGCGCUGAUCCUUUUGAUCUACUUUUCGCUGGCAGUACUCACUAACAAGCACAUUGGUGGCGUUUCUGGCUUGUACGAGAAAGUUAAAGCGGCCAAUGAUUACAUUCCGGGUAACUACGAAGGCUCGCUCCUGACUUUAAAAUCUAAAAGCUCUGUUUUAUUUGGUCUUGUGUUGAAGUUCGGCAACCUCGCGCUCGUGCUCAUGGACACUGCCUUCUGGCAGAAAUCUUUCGCCUCGGAUGUCAAGUCAACAGUGCCGAGUUACAUGCUGGUCUCGAUCGUCAUCCUAGCGGUGCCUUGGUGCACUGGAACCAUCAUCGGGCUGAGUGCCCGCGCAAUCGAGCACACACCAAUAUGGUUCGACUACCCUAACACGCUCACCCUAACCCAAGUCAACUCCGGCAUGGUCAUGCCCUACGUCCUGCGAUCUCUCCUAGGUCACGGCGCCACGACUGGACUUCUCGUACUCGUGUUCAUGGCGAUCACUAGUACCGUCUCUUCCUCCGUGAUCGCGGUCAGCAGCAUCAUCUCGCUCGACUUGUUCCGCACAUACAUCAAUCCCAAAGCCUCCGACCGCAAGACCCUUUCCAUCAGCCAUUGGGGUGUCGUCUUACACGGAUGCUUCAUGGCCGGCUUCGCAAUCAUGCUCGAAUACGCCGGCGCAACCAACAACUGGUCGACCUACUUCCGCCCCAUCAUCGCGUGUCCAGGUAUCAUCCCACUCAUCCUCACUCUUCUGUGGUCCCGCCAAACAAAACUCGCUGCACUGCUCGCUCCAGUUCUAGGUCUUGCGUCAGGUAUAGCAACAUGGUUGAGUCUCUCAUGGCACUGGGGCGGUGCAAUCAACAUCGCAACCACACAGAUUCAACUUGCUGGCUUGUACGGCGCAUGCGUAUCUUUCUUCUCGCCCGCGCUGUAUUCAGUCAUCAUAUCGCUCAUCUGGCCGAGCAAGUUUGACUGGCGCGAGUUCCUUCGCAUUGAUCUCAUCGAAGACAAGACACGCUCGGGCGAAAGCACACCGCCCGAUAGUCUCUCCGGCGUUAAUGUCCUUGACAAACCGAAGGGCACAGCCGUCGAUGAGAAAUGCAAGCACACUACGCCUAUUCAUCAUGUGUCAAAUGCGCAGAGGCCGAUCGAGGAGAUUGUCCAUCCGUUCGAUGAGGAAACGCUGAGGCAUGUGAGAAGGUGGUUCAAGAUUGCGAGUGUAUACUUUGUGGUCAAUGUGCUGACUACGAUUGUCCUGUGGCCUAUGCCGUUGUAUAGAGAUUACAUCUUCACAAGGUCAUUCUUCGAUGGGUGGGUCUCGGUGGCUAUCGUCUGGCACUUUGCGGCCAUGUUUGCGGUUAUCUUAUAUCCGGUCUGGGAUGGAAGGUAUGCCAUUAUGAAGGUGGUGAAGGGGAUGAGUGCGGAGCUUAGGGGGCAGUAGGUGCUAUCUUCAUUCGGCACCAUCGUUCAUUUCAUACAAGCUCAAUUACUCAGCAUAUCUCCCAAGCGAGAUCUGUUCAGUGCACCUUCGAGGUCAACGCUCCUCAUUAUUGGGGAGACUUCCAUUCCAAAACACUUUGCUUAUUCUGUUAACUCAUUCUAGCAGUUCCUUACAAAGAUAGGAACCUUGAUGAUAAAAUGGUACAGAUUCCUCAAAAACCACUCACUUGUGAAGG